AUGCUUUGUAGUAGAUUGGCUUUGGUGCUUCCUAGUCUUGUUAACCAAAACCAAGGAGCCUUUGUUAAAAACAGAUUAUUGGCUCAUAAUAUCCUUAUUCUUCAGGAUAUUAUAAAAGGCUAUAAGAGGAAAAACAUUUCCCCUAGGCGUGUUUUGAAGAUUGAUUUGAGCAAAGCCUAUGAUAUGUUAGAUUGGAACUUCUUAGAGGAUAUUCUCAAUGAGUUUCGGUUUCCGGCUAAAUUCAUCAAAUGGGUCAUGGCUUGCUUGAAAGAUCCAACCUAUCUUCUCCUUAUGAAUGGAAAGGUUCAAGGGGAAUUUAGAGGUCGGAAGGGGCUUAGACAAGGGGACCCUAUCUCUCCGUUAUUAUUUGUCUUAGCCAUGGAGUACUGUACCCUCUUAUUUCAGCAAGCAUCAAUGAACAAGGGGUAUCGGUUUCAUCCUAAGUGCAAACACCUCAAGAUCGUUAAUCUUUGCUUCGCAGAUGACUUGGUUAUUUUUGGCAAGGGAGUUCACAAUUCAGUUCAGAUUAUUAAGGAAAGUUUCAGUGAUUUCUGUUGUGCUUCUGGUUUGACUGCUAACAAGGAUAAAUCCCAGGUUUACUUUGGUGGUGUGGCUGAAGAUGAGGCUCAAAAUUUGCUUGAGGGGCUCCAAUUCACUGAAGGUCAUUUUCCCCUAAAAUACUUGGGAGUGCCUCUUCGAACAGCAAGAUGGAAGGCUGGUGAGUGUUCUCUUAUUAUCAAAAAGAUUCAGUCCAAAUUACAUACUUGGGCGAGUCGGCACCUUUCUUUUGCGGGGAGGGCGCAACUGAUCAAUUCAGUGCUUCUGAGUAUAAGAACUUUUUGGAUGAGUAUCUUUAUCCUUCCUAAGAGUGUAACCAAGGAGGUUGAUCGGUUAUGUAGGAACUUCCUUUGGGGAGUUAAGGAUGGUAAUUUUCAGCGGAGUAAAUUGCAUUUUACUGCCUGGGAUCAGGUUUGUUUGCCUAAGUGUAUGGGUGGUCUUGGCUUCAAGGAUAGUAAUACUUGGAACUUAGUGCUUCUGGCCAAAUAUGUUUGGGCAGUUUCUUCUAAGCAUGAUAUUUUGUGGGUCAAGUGGGUGGAUUCUAUCUACUUAAAGGGGCAGAAUUUCUGGCAUUAUAGAGUCCCUCAAGAUGUGAGCUGGUACUGGAAGCGAUUAUUAAAACUUAGAGAUAUUUUCCCUGGUUGCAGACUUGAUGAGGCAGUCCAUCUCGGCAAGCUUAGCCUGAAAUUUCUGUACCACAGGCUCAUCAACAAAGACAGAGUUGUCUAUGCGAAUGUGGUGUGGAACUCCUUGACGGUGCCUAAGCACAGGUUCAUUUUAUGGCAGGCUACGCUGGGCCAUCUGUUGACUCGAGACAAUCUCAGUCGUUGUCACUUGGAGCUUUCUUCUGUGCUUUGCCCAGUCUGUGAAGUGGAGCAAGAGUCUCACGCUCAUCUGUUUUUUGAGUGUCAUUUUUCCUGGCAGGUCCGAGCCCUUGUGGAGAAGUGGUUGGGAUGGGGUUUAUGGCCGCUUCAGCUGGAUGGGUGGCGUGCUUGGAUGGCUGGUAAGCCGAAGGUCCUGAAGCAUUCUGUUUUGGCUGCUGCUUUAGCAGCUUCAGUGUACUUAAUUUGGAAAAACAGAAAUAAUUGCAUCUUUAAACUUAGCUCCUUUUCUGUGGACUUUGUCGUUAAGUUGAUCAAAUACUGGGUUAGGGGUAGACUUCUUUAUCAUUCUAAGAGGCUUAUUAGGACAAAGGAUCUAGCCUUCUUUAAUAGAGUGAUUCGGAUGUAA